AUGUUCUUCCUUGCUGCUGUCAGCUCGCUUCUACUGGCCUCGAAGACGAUGGCUACCGGGCUCCCUUCGUUGCCAGCCCGGACAGUGCUUGCUGCAGACAAGCUCGGUGCACGAGAGUGGUCUCCAGGACCCACUCAUCCUCCAGCCUUUCUGCCUCGUCGCCAGAGUGAUGAGCUGUCCCCACUUUGCGGCUAUGCGGAGGGCGAUGCUGCGAUGGCCAUUCAAUGCACCGGUGGCGAAUUCUGCGGGUUCAAUCUGACAUACAAUGCUUUCGGCUGCUGCUCGUCGGUUGUCGCCGCGGAAGAACAAUUGCUGGGCGAAUGCGGGUACUACACGACAUGCCUGGAUUUUGAGGAACCUUGCGAUGCUGCAUGUCAGGCCAACAAGGACAUCUACCGAUGCACUGAAUCUGCAUUCCCCAAGUGUGUCAAGUACGAGUUUGCUAUCGAAGGAGCAACUCUUACCAACUAUGGUUGCGCGGAUACCGUUGCGAGCCCCACAGAGGUAUUGCAAGUACUGAGCACCACGGUGGCAGGCGGAGGCGCAGGGGCGUCCGGUGCGGCGUCCAGUGGAUCGACUGGCCUGGACUCACUUAUCGAGAAUCUGUUGUCAAUCCCGUCUGCGAUAGAUGCGGUGCCCAGCCAGCUGCCAUCGGGAAUAUUGACCUCUGCCGCGACGACACCAACGGACAGCGUGUCAAGGUCAGUCACCCGAACACAGGGGACAGCCGAUACAUCGGGUGGCAGUUCCGCUCAGCAGACUGGCGAGUCUUCCUCUUCACAGGCUGAAGACAGCGCGGCAACUGCCGUGGGUCCAAAGGCGGCCGCUGUCGCUGGCGCGCUCUUCUAUGCAAGCAUCUGGGCGCUGGCGAGAGUAUUGUAG